AUGGCGGCGGCGGCCCCCCCCUCCUCGGCGAUGCACCGCGCGCUCGAAGUCACCGAAAUCCUCGAACACAUCCUCGAACGCGUCGCGCUCGCCGACAUCGCCCCUCCCGUCUUCAACACCCACCACGAAGAGCCCUCCGCGAAGCUCUUCCAACUCCAGCGCGUCAGCACGCGGUUCCGCGAGGUCAUUCGGGCUUCCAUCAAACUGCAGCAGCUCAUGUUUUUGGCGCCGUUGGAUGCUUCCGUGCGCGUCACGACCAUGCACCGCGCCGCGCCGAUUGUGUGGUUGUUGAAGUCGCUGGGCGUCGAGAUCAACAGCGUGAUGGAGAGCCGGAUCGGCGGCAGUGGGGAGAGCGCGUGUCUGAUCGAAUUGCAGGACGUGGACUUAGCACGUCCGCAGCGUCCGGGUUUCGAUCCUAUGCUCUUCGAGCUGGCUACCAAGGUACGUGACUGUUCCGCUUCCGCAGAAGCAGCAGCAGCAGGAGGAGCAGGAGGAGCAGCAGCAGAAGCUUCCUGGCGGGGCAUCAAAGUGUCGAAUGCGCGCGAGUGCGGCACGAUCCUGGUGCACUUCACGGUCAUUAUCGGCUGGUGGUUUGUGGAAGACGAAGACGAAGAGCACGUGGCCGAGCAGGAGGUGACGUGGAAGUUCAGCCAGGGCACCACGGCUAGGACUCUGGGUGAGGUCUUUGAUAGGUAUGUGGGUGUUGUGGAGAGGUUGCGGAUGCAUGAUCGGCUGCAGAGGGAGGCGGACUAUGAGUUGCGUCGGGCUCGGACGGAGUCUCGCAUGACGAUGAUUGAGGCGGCGAGGGAGGACUUGAUGGGACCAUAG